AUGCUCAUCUUGUACCUCGUCGGCAGUCCAUUGGCACUGACCGGCAUGGAUAUAUCCACGCAGCUCGCGGUUAUGACUCCACUCCUAAUCAUUGUACGUGUUGGGCUCGGCCUCACACAUGGUCUGCCCUCCAUGUAUAAGAUAUUCCUGAACACCACCGGCCAGAUGACCUUCAGUGAGCGGUUGCGCAGCUCUCGCGGUGUAACUGGCAGCGCGAUUCAGAUCUCCACCAUUCGCGACGUGGUCUCUACCGAAGACACCCAGUCAGUCCUGGGCGACUAUGCUCUGCAGGAGUUCAAGAUUUCCGGUGGUUUCAAUCAGUCCGUAGAAUCGCAGGUGAAGUUCGCACCAGGAGAGGGCCUCGCUUGA